UUGGAGGAGAAGAAAUCAACAACUUAAGAAUAAAGAAUGUCGUAUCCGACUUCGAACCAAAGCCCCAUGCCAAAGUCACAUACACACACUUCUACAUACCCUAAACACACACACUCGAAUACAUAAACUCUUUUCUAUAUAUAAACUUCUUAUAAGCCAUUUGCUUAAACAACUCUCAAGUAAAAAAAAAAAAUCAACAAUCUCUAAACUCUUCUCUGUUUUCUGAUCUGUUCCAAUGGAGAUUAAUUGGACAAGAGGACCAAUCAUCGGUCGAGGCUCUACCGCCACUGUCUCUAUAGCAAUCUCAAGCUCCGGUGAGCUCUUCGCCGUCAAAUCUGCCGACUUAUCUUCUUCGUCCUUGUUGCAGAAAGAGCAAUCAAUCUUGUCUACAUUGAGCUCUCCUCACAUGGUCAAAUACAUAGGCACUGGUUUAACGCGCGAGAGCAACGGAUUGGUGUACAAUAUACUGAUGGAAUACGUUUCUGGUGGAAAUCUUCACGAUUUAAUCAAAAAUUCCGGCGGUAAGUUGCCGGAGCCGGAGAUAAGAUCAUACACUCGUCAGAUUCUUAACGGUUUGGUGUAUCUUCACGAGAGAGGGAUUGUUCACUGCGACUUGAAGAGCCAUAACGUUCUGGUUGAGGAAAAUGGCGUUUUGAAAAUCGCCGACAUGGGUUGUGCUAAAUCGGUUGACAAGUCGGAAUUUUCCGGUACACCGGCGUUUAUGGCCCCAGAAGUUGCUCGUGGUGAAGAACAGAGGUUUCCGGCUGAUGUGUGGGCUUUGGGAUGUACGAUGAUCGAGAUGAUGACUGGAUCAAGCCCUUGGCCGGAGUUAAACGACGUCGUUGCUGCAAUGUAUAAGAUUGGAUUUUCAGGCGAGUCGCCGGCGAUUCCCGCGUGGAUAUCGGAUAAAGCUAAAGACUUUCUGAAGAAUUGUUUAAAGGAAGAUCAAAAACAGAGAUGGACUGUGGAAGAAUUACUUAAACAUCCAUUUCUUGAUGACGACGAAGAAUCUCAGACAAGUGAUUGUUUGAAGAACAAGACUUCUUCUCCAAGCACUGUGUUGGAUCAACGAUUUUGGGAUUCAUGCGAAAGCUCCAAAAGUCACUUAGUUUCGAUUGAUCAUGAAGACCCUUUUGCUGAAUACUCGGAAUCUUUGGAUUCACCGGCUGAUCGGAUCGAGAAACUCGCCGGAGAUGAGUUUUCAAGCUUACUUGAUUGGGAUACGGAAGACGAUGGCGGAUGGAUUCAAGUGAGAGGCGAGAAACAUAAAGAAACCGAGAAACGCGACGGCGACGAAGACGUGAUUUGCGUUGAAGCAACGUCAUCGUCGCAAACGAUUGAAGAAGUUGAAGAUUGGAUUUCGAAUCAAGACAGCUUGUUCUCGGAAUAUUCCUCUGACGACAUCAUUAAUAAUUUCUACUCUAAUGUUGCUAUUCAAGGAAAUUUAAUUGCAUUUCAUUAUUGUACUGAUGAAGAUGAAAAUGUAUCCAUAAAGAAUAUGUUUCGUACUAAUAACAAACAUUUGUUUUUCAAAUUGCAAGCUCAUGUUAAAUUCACUAACCAAGUCUGA